CUCUACUCCUUUACUUAACUUCAUCAGCUUCUUCAUCCUCUAGAAAACAUAACAAAGAACAGGUGAACAACAAAGAAGCACUAGAAAAAGAGAGUCAUGGCCACCUCUGCCAUUCAAAGGUCUGCAUUCGCUGGUCAAACUGCUUUGAAGCAACAAAAUGAGUUCAUCCGCAAAGUUGGCAAUGUCGAAGGUGGUCGUAUCUCCAUGCGACGCACUGUAAAAAGCAUUCAAUCAAGCAUGUGGUAUGGACCAGACAGACCCAAGUACUUGGGACCAUUCUCAGAACAGACCCCAUCUUACCUCACUGGUGAAUUUCCAGGUGACUACGGUUGGGACACAGCCGGGUUAUCUGCUGACCCAGAGACAUUUGCAAAGAACCGUGAACUCGAAGUGAUCCACUGCAGGUGGGCUAUGUUGGGUGCCCUAGGAUGUGUCUUCCCUGAGGUUCUCUCAAAGAAUGGUAUCAACUUCGGCGAGGCAGUAUGGUUCAAAGCUGGAUCACAGAUCUUCUCUGAGGGAGGUUUGGACUACCUUGGAAACCCUAACCUGGUACAUGCCCAAAGCAUUCUUGCAAUCUGGGCUACUCAGGUUGUCCUAAUGGGGUUUGUUGAAGGAUACAGAGUUGGUGGUGGUCCACUUGGAGAAGGACUAGACAAACUUUACCCCGGUGGAUCUUUUGACCCUCUAGGAUUAGCUGAUGACCCAGAGUCAUUCUCUGAAUUGAAGGUUAAGGAAAUCAAGAAUGGAAGACUUGCUAUGUUCUCUAUGUUUGGGUAUUUCGUUCAGGCUAUUGUUACCGGAAAGGGUCCAAUUGAAAACCUUUAUGACCACAUCGCCGAUCCUGUUGCAAACAAUGCAUGGGCUUACGCUACUAACUUUGCUCCUGGAAAAAUAAUGGCCACAUCUGCAAUUCAACAAUCUGCAAUUGCUGGUCAAACAGCUUUGAAGCAGCAGAAUGAGUUCAUCUGCAAGGUUGGGAACAUUGAUGGCGGUCGCAUCUACAUGCGCCGUACCGUGAAAAGUAUUCAACAAAGCAUGUGGUAUGGUCCUGACAGACCCAAGUACUUGGGCCCAUUCUCAGAGCAAACCCCAUCGUACCUCACUGGUGAAUUCCCGGGUGACUAUGGUUGGGACACAGCUGGGUUAUCAGCUGACCCAGAAACAUUUGCUAAGAACCGCGAGCUCGAAGUGAUCCACUGCAGAUGGGCCAUGUUGGGUGCCCUAGGUUGUGUCUUCCCUGAGGUUCUCUCAAAGAACGGUAUCAACUUCGGCGAGGCAGUAUGGUUUAAAGCUGGAUCGCAGAUCUUUUCUGAGGGUGGUUUGGACUACCUUGGAAACCCUAACUUAGUACAUGCCCAAAGCAUCCUUGCAAUCUGGGCUACUCAAGUUGUGCUAAUGGGGUUUGUUGAGGGAUACAGAGUUGGUGGUGGUCCACUUGGAGAAGGAUUAGACAAGCUUUACCCCGGUGGAUCAUUUGACCCUCUAGGAUUAGCUGAUGACCCAGAGUCCUUUUCUGAAUUGAAGGUAAAGGAGAUCAAGAAUGGAAGACUUGCUAUGUUCUCCAUGUUUGGGUAUUUUGUUCAGGCUAUUGUUACAGGAAAGGGUCCUAUAGAAAACCUUUAUGACCAUGUUGCCGAUCCUGUUGCAAACAACGCAUGGGCUUAUGCUACAAACUUUGUUCCCGGAAAAUGAAUGUAGCGUUUUCUAGGUGUAUCAUUACUUCAGGAUUGUUAUGUUUGCUGUAGUUCCUUGGCUGUA